UUCAAUUUUCACCCUCGCUAUUUGUCCUCAGCCACCUCGUUACCCCUUUUAUUUAUCAUUUUUGUACACAAGUGUACUUCUGGACAUAGAAUCGACACUGCACACCAUGUCUCCCGCUUUUCUGUACUUUCUAUCCAAUGUUUGAUGACGAUAUGAUUUUUUGUGUUCCUCUAUCGCUGUUGGUUUUAUGUCAACUUGUACAUAUUGAUGCUGCCUGUACCUAUCCUGUACAUUGGACCGUUAAUCCGUACACCGACAGCGAUAAGGGCCCAGUGACCUUCACAGAUACCACCAUGGAUGGAUGGCCUGUGACCUUGACGUCCAUUCAGGCGACAAUCUCUACUUGGGAAUGUUACCUGAAAAACGGAUCUAUCAUCAUAUCAAAAAACAAAAAUGCACUGACACUGCAUGGGUUUACUUUCUAUGCAUUCAUCUGCAUGGUGGUGGAUUUCGGAGAGUCCUUCUUCCUGUAUAAAUUAUGGUCAGCAACAGAAUCUAAUGCUGAAGGAGAACGAAUCUACAUAAAAACCGACUCCCAGGCGACACUAUGUGAAGUCUGCGACAAGGAACACAUCCCAAACGAUUCACAGAUCAAACACAUGUGUGCAAAAGACACGUGUGGGCAGAUAGACGUCGCACGAUAUUCUGACCCAGUCACUGUUUGUUCUGACCAGGAGACAAGUUCAGCGAUGACCACAUCAGAACAGACGACGAAGGACAAUACAUUGUCUGAGAGUCUAGAAAUCUCAUCUACGACGCUGUACUCACAUACAACGAUUUCGUCUACAAUAGACAUCACAAAACCAUCUGUAACACCAUCAAUGUCAUCUAACGAGGACAUCACAGAGACACCAUCAAUCUCAUCCACCGUAGAUAUCAAAGGGGCAUCUACAACAUCCUUGUCAUCAUCUUCCGUAGAUAUCACAGGAACAUCUACAAUAUCCUCGUCAUCAUCUACCGCAGGUAUCACAGAAACAUCUACAAUAUCCUCGUCACCAUCUACUGUGGAUAUCACAGAAACAUCUACAACAUCAUCGUCACCAUCUACUGUAGAUAUCACAGGAACAUUUACAACAUCAUCGUCGUCCUCUACUGUAGAUAUCACAGGGGCAUCUACAAUAUCAUCGUCACCAUCUACUGUAGAUAUCACAGAAACAUCUACAACAUCAUCGUCACCAUCUACUGUAGAUAUCACAGAAACAUCUACAACAUCCUCGUCACAAUCUACCGCAGGUAUCACAGAAACAUCUACAAUAUCCUCGUCACCAUCUACUGUAGAUAUCACAGAAACAUCUUCAAUAUCCUCGUCACCAUCUACUGUAGAUAUCACAGAAACAUCUACAACAUCAUCAUCACCAUCUACUGUAGAUAUCACAGAAACAUCUAUAACAUCAUCGUCACCAUCUACUGUAGAUAUCACAGAAACAUCUACAACAUCAUCAUCACCAUCUACUGUAGAUAUCACAGAAACAUCUACAACAUCAUCGUCACCAUCUACUGUAGAUAUCACAGAAACAUCUACAACAUCAUCAUCACCAUCUACUGUAGAUAUCACAGGAACAUUUACAACAUCAUCGUCGUCCUCUACUGUAGAUAUCACAGAAACAUCUACAAUAUCCUCGUCAUCCUCUACUGUAGAUAUCACAGAAACAUCUACAACAUCAUCGUCACCAUCUACUGUAGAUAUCACAGGAACAUCUACAACAUCAUCAUCACCAUCUACUGUAGAUAUCACAGAAACAUCUACAACGUCAUCGUCACCAUCUACUGUAGAUAUCACAGAAACAUCUACAACAUCAUCAUCACCAUCUACUGUAGAUAUCACAGGAACAUUUACAAUAUCCUCGUCGUCCUCUACUGUAGAUAUCACAGAAACAUCUACAACAUCAUCGUCACCAUCUACUGUUGAUAUCACAGGGGCAUCUACAAUAUCCUUGUCAUCUACUGUAGAUAUCACAGGAACAUCUAUAACAUCAUCGUCGUCCUCUACCAUUGAUAUUUCAGAGACAUCUACCUUGCCCUUAUCAACAACAAAUCCAACAAGAAAACAACCCACUGCAUCGAACACACAUACAACACUGAAGGCUAUUUUAUCGACAGUUACUAAUGACGGACCGACAUCGGUGUCCCCCACGGCCCCUCCUAUCUCACUGAGCUCAGGAAGAUCACAGACUUCGGAUUCCAAAAGGACGGACCCCGCUUCCGGUGCUUCCACCAAGUCGCCAGCCAAGGAAGACGUCUUACCUUUACUUACUCACGAGGCAGUAGUUACUGGAAUUCUGUCCAGUCUAGUGAUACUGACUUUUCUUGUACUGAUUGCCGUAGUACUGGGUGUGGCAACAAUUAAAGAAAAAAAUUCUGCAAAGAAACAAUCGAGUUACCGCCCUUCAUUGUCUCACGAGCGACAUGGAAUUUUUUAUCAUUCACAACUGUAUUCUAAGUAUUCGGAUGUACGUAAUUAUUUCUAAAAAGAAAUUACGUAUAGUAAUUUUAAUUGUUCCUAAUGGAUUUACAAACUGAAUGAAAUAUGAUGAAGUGUUCACAAACUUAUCCGUAAUGAUUUCUACAGAUGAUUGUUUUCUAUGUUUUAAUUUGAUGCUUUAGUAAACGUAUGUAAGUAU